UCGUUACUGGACCUUACAUCAGGUCAGGCACAAAAAUAUUUCAUACACGAUGAGUCUCCACUUCUAUCUCUUUGCCCUACUGCUUGCAUUUGCUUUACCUGUUUGGUGCCAAGGCAUGGAAGUUUCUGAUGUUGGCAUAAGGCUGUGUGGAAGAGAUUUCAUUCGGACAGUUGUCAUGUCCUGUGGAGGAUCGAGAUGGAAAAGAUAUUCACCAGAGCCUGGACAGGAAAGAUCAAAUCCUAACCGUGACUUUUUGGACUGGCUAAACAGAGCUUCCUUGGAGGAUCAAGAUCGACUGAAUUCACUGUAUGAAGAGAGCCACAUGGCACCAAAUCCCCCUUACAAUUCCCUGCAGAAAGAUGACCCAACAAUGGAACAGCUCCAUGGUUCCCUCUAUGAUCCACGUGUUCCUGAGGAACAGCAAGGUGUUGGUCUGCGGAUGAAGAGAAGUUCAGGACCAGCUUUAUCCUGCUGCCAAAGGGGCUGCACCAAGAACGAGCUCAUGAAAUUUUGCUAACCUUCGUUUUUCUUUUUGUAUUCUUCCAUGAGAAGUCUGCACAGCAAGCAUUGAUAACUUCCUUCUAUGUGAAACUCUGAUGCUCAUCCUAGACACAAACCUAUACCCACACCUGAUUUAUUCUCAUACCUUUCUCCCUGCCUUGGCAAUAUUGAUAUAGUAUUCAUGUUCUGACUGGAUAUCAUGUGAUUGAUUUACUAAAGGCAAAUAGACUGUUCACUUUUACAAGGGAAUUAGCCCCAGAGCUUCGUGAAUAUGUUGGAAGUUUCACUCUACAAAGAAUACACAAUUAUGUGCAAGAACAAUAGAAAAAAAUGCAUUUUUGCUUGAUUAGCUGAUGGAAGACAACAAAGCAUCAUUAUUCUCUGGGGGAAACAUCCCUUGUAAUGUGAACAGUCAAUUUCUCUUUAUAAAAUCAACUACAGUGUGCUCAAUGUAUUCUUACUAUAUACAGGCAUACCCCACUUUUAGACCCCUUUCACACUGAG